AUGUCGCCUCACUCCCUCCCAGCGCUGCUCGCACAGAGUGCCGGCAUGCGCAUCGAUCUGACGGCAGUGUUUGACAUGGCCAGCGGCUUGCUGAACGCUCAGGCACACCUGUCGCCCGAUCAGCGGGAAGUCUGCAUGAAGAUCGUGAAGAGCGUGGAGCCCGGCGACACCGUGCGGGCGGCAAUCUUCCUGUCUGACAACACGGUUGACUGCCAGCUGGCUCGGGCCCUGCACAGUGUCCAGUCCGCGCUGACUGCCGCCAGGAUGCGGCAGGGCAUGUGGGGGAGGGCUACCGCAGCCAGCAGGCGGAGGCCGCGCGCUGUGCACGCUGCGCACCUGGCGGUGCAGGUGACCGUGCCCUGCAGGCCCCUGUCCCAGGCCAUUCAUGCAGGCGGCGCUGCUGCGGCUGCCGCUGACGCGGCGAGGCAGGCCAGGCGUGCGAAGCAGGCUGAGCUGGUCCAGGGUGUGGUUGCCAUCCAUGAGCAGCUACACAAGGCGUGGCUGGAGGCCAGGAUCCGGGCUCAGAAGGAGCGUCUGGCUGCGCUGCGAUCCAAUGACAUGGCCGCAUAUGUCGGGCUGGUGGCUGUGGCGGGGAGCUCGCAGCUGGACAAGCUCCUGUGCCAGACGGAUGCCUGCCUGAGGGCACUCACAGCCCGCCUGUCCAGCACGAGGGCAGUAUCCUCUGUGGGGAAAGGCCUGGAGGGACCAGGCACGGACUGCAGGUCGAGAGGGGCGGUGCAGGAGAGCAGCGCCGAUUGGAACCAGCUGGCCUGCCGCGUGCUGGCCACAAGAAUCUCCGAGCAGCCUGCCGGGCUGAUUGGAGACCGGCUGUGGCCUUACCAAAUGCAGGGGUUGUGCUGGAUGGCCGGCCUGGCCCGCCACAGCCUCAAUGGCAUUCUGGCGGACGAGAUGGGGUUGGGCAAGACGGUGCAGGUCAUAGCCCUGAUGAUGCACCUAGUGGAAGCGGAUGCUGCCUGCCUGCCUUUCCUCAUCGUGGUCCCAGCCUCCCUCGUGCCCAACUGGCAAGCUGAGCUGCAGCGGUGGGCGCCCGGGCUCAAGACCGUAAUCUAUCGUGGCCCAGCCGCCGAGCGGGAGGACAUUUACAAUCGCCAGAUCCAGCGUGGCGUGAGGCGGCCUGGAACAUUCCACGUCGUUGUGACGACCUAUGAAAUCCUGAUGGGCAAGCUCGAUAGGCCAAGACUGUCCUGCAUACGGUGGUCCCAUGUCAUAGUGGACGAGGGCCACAGGCUCAAGAACGCCGGGUGCAAGCUGAACGCCGAGAUACGGCAGUACAAGUGUGAUCACCGCCUCCUGCUUACUGGCACCCCCCUCCAGAACGACAUCUCGGAACUCUGGUCCCUGCUCAAUUUCCUGCUGCCCGACCUCUUCAACAGCUGCGAGGAUUUCCAGACCUGGUUUGGAGGUGCCCCGCGGUCAACCACCCAUCCCCCAGACCAGGAGGGUGAUGAGUCGGCCGCUCUGCUGACUGAGGAGGAGCAGCUGGUCGUCACCAGCCGCCUGCACCAGGUCCUGCGGCCUUUUGUGCUCCGGCGGCUGAAGGAAAGCGUGGCAAGCCAGCUCCCAGAAAAGAUCGAGGUCCUGGUGAGGUGCCCCAUGUCGCCCUACCAGCAAGCGCUGACAAAUAUUAUUGCUGAAGGGACCAGAGCAAGGCCAGGUGGAGGCAUCCAAGGCGUUGCCGGCGUCAACAAUGUUGUCAUGGAGCUGCGCACCAUCUGCAACCACCCCCUGCUCAGCCGGCUGCACGUGCCAGGCAGUGAGUGCGAGUUGCCGGCUUCAAACCUCCCGGCAGAACUCCGUCUGUGCGGGAAACUGGCGGUUCUGGACCGAAUUCUGGGCAGGCUCAAGGCCGCAGGGCACCGGGUGCUCAUCUUCAGCACGAUGACUCGGGCCCUGGAUGUGCUGGAGGAGUACCUGAACUGGCGGGGGUACACGUGGCAGAGGCUGGAUGGAAACACGGGCGCACAGGAGCGUGGUACAGAGGUGGCUGCCUUCAACGCCCCUGGCUCCAGCACGUUUGUCUUCCUGCUCAGCGUGCGGGCAGGAGGCGUGGGCCUGAAUCUGCAGAGCGCUGACACCGUCGUGAUGUAUGACACGGACUGGAAUGCUCAGAUCGACCUGCAGGCCCAGGCCCGAGUGCAUCGGCUCGGCCAGACGAAAAAGGUGUAA